AGUAGAAGUAUUUAGUAUUUAGUAUUUAGUAGGAGUUUUUGCUUUGUUUCUUUUUGUUCUACUUUUUCUACAACUGGACUGGACUAUUUUUCAUCUCUUUUCCUUCCAUUUUUCUUCUUAUAUUUCUCUUUUUUUGGGUCAUUUUAUGCAAUUUUAUCAUUUUUUAAAAGUUUAAGAAAAAUAUCAGAUUUCUGGGUGGUUUGAUUCUGAAGAGAUUAAGAAAUGGAGCCUUUAAAACCUGAAGAGAUUAGUCAUCCACCCAUGGAACAAUUGCAAGGUUUAGAGUAUUGUAUUGACUCUAAUCCUUCUUGGGGGGAGGCAGUUGCAUUGGGUUUUCAGCAUUACAUUUUGGCCUUAGGAACUGCUGUUAUGAUUCCUACUUUUCUUGUUCCUUUGAUGGGUGGUUCUGAUGGUGACAAAGCAAGGGUAGUGCAAACAUUGCUUUUUGUACAAGGAGUUAAUACUCUACUACAAACUCUAUUUGGUACCCGGCUUCCAACCGUGAUUGGGGCAUCUUAUGCAUACAUGGUCCCUAUCAUCUCCAUCAUACAUGAUUCAUCUUUUACAAGGAUUGAAGAUCCUCAUAUGAGGUUUAAUAGCACCAUGAGGGCAGUUCAAGGAGCUUUAAUAGUGGCUUCAAGUCUACAAAUAAUUCUGGGUUACAGCCAAUUAUGGGCAAUCUGUUCAAGGUUUUUUAGCCCAGUUGGUAUGGUUCCAGUUAUAUCAUUGGUGGGAUUUGGCCUGCUUGAUAGAGGAUUCCCAGUGGUCGGAAGAUGUGUAGAAAUUGGGAUUCCAAUGCUUAUAUUAUUUGUUGUCUUCUCACAGUAUCUGAAACACUUUCAGAUCAGACAGCUGCCUAUGCUGGAGCGCUUCGCGCUUCUUCUCUCAGUCACAGUUAUAUGGGCUUAUGCACAUCUUUUGACGGCUAGUGGGGCCUACAAACACCGCCCUGAGAAAACUCAGAUGAACUGCCGAACUGAUAAGGCUAACCUUAUCUCGACUGCACCAUGGAUAAAGAUCCCAUACCCAUUGCAAUGGGGUGCGCCUUCUUUUGAUGCCGGUCAUGCAUUUGGAAUGAUGGCUGCUGUACUUGUCUCGCUGAUUGAGUCCACCGGAGCUUUUAAAGCUGCAGCUCGUUUAGCAAGUGCCACACCCCCUCCGGCUCAUGUUCUAAGUCGCGGUAUAGGAUGGCAGGGUAUCGGGAUUCUACUCAGUGGACUAUUCGGGACAUUAAGUGGCUCUGCAGUCUCCAUAGAAAAUGUCGGCUUGCUUGGAAGCACUCGUGUAGGAAGUCGUAGAGUAAUCCAAAUUUCUGCGGGUUUUAUGAUCUUUUUCUCGAUGUUAGGAAAAUUCGGGGCUCUCUUUGCUUCAAUACCGUUUACAAUAUUUGCUGCAAUGUAUUGCGUCUUCUUUGGCCUUGUCGGUUCGGUAGGGCUAUCAUUCUUGCAGUUCACAAAUAUGAACUCCAUGAGAAAUCUUUUCAUAACAGGUGUAGCCAUGUUUCUUGGUCUGUCUAUUCCUGAUUAUUUUAGAGAAUAUUCAGCUGGUGCUUUACAUGGACCUUCACACACCAGAGCAGGAUGGUUCAAUGAUUUCUUGAAUACAAUCUUCUCGUCAUCACCGGCAGUGGCACUGAUCGUGGCGGUUCUCCUGGAUAACACCCUUGACUACAAGGACAGUGCACGAGACAGAGGAAUGCCGUGGUGGGUCAAAUUUCGAACAUUUAAAGGAGACAGCCGUAAUGAAGAGUUCUACACCCUUCCCUUCAACCUCAACCGGUUUUUUCCUCCAUCGUGAAGUGUCGAUCGUUAACAGCCCUUGAUAAAGGCAUCAGAUUUUAGCUCCUGUACAACGCCUUGAGAUUAGUUCUAAUAGCAUUGUGCUAGUCACACAAUUCUGGUGAUGAAGUGGAGUAAAUCAAGUUUUGCUCUUUAUGUAUAUCUCAACUCGGUAUUUCGGGUUAUUUUUAAUAACAAAAUUAUUUAUUUGUUCUUUUUAAAAAAUAAUGAUUAAUGUCACAUAAUUCAACAAUCUUCUUGUGAAUUGCAAAUUAAAAAAAUAAAUUAUAGCUGGUUAUAAACU